CGAGUCUUGAGCGCGUGAAUCUUUCUUCGAUUUCGUCAUCUCUUCCGUGCUCUAAUCGGAGUCCAUGUUCAAGAGAAGAAUUCUAGUUUGCAUGCUCUGAUGGGAGUGGAGAAUUAUGCUUCCCAUGCUCGAGGGGAGCAUGCGCAAUGUCUGGCAUUGCGCACCCAGACAUAUAACGAAAUGAAAGGGCCUAGGGCUGGCCCUUUCUUCAGCUUUGAAUGAUGAAAAGCAAGCAGAGGCGGCAGCGGGGCCCUACUCCGUGUUGGGCUGGCUGCCUGGUGCUCCUGCGCUUGGGGUCAUCAGCUCCCGCUGCCCAUGUUCUGCCACGCUUCCCACUUCCGCCUCGGGCUCAGACCAAAUGCUCUCCGUCACGUGUGCCCUCGACUCUGCCUUCGCUCCGCUCCUGCAGUAAGCUCUGGGGUGGCAUGGAUGCGGAGUGUGCGCAGCGUUGGUUGCUGCUGCGGAUGUUGCUGCGCUGCAGUGCGCAACAGAGCACAUCGUGUAGUCGAGAAUUGUGAUAUAUACGCUUUAUCCAUUUCCUCCUCCGUCAGGAGUCGGCUGGGCUCUCCCACGAAAACCAGAUUUUCCAUGGGCGGGCGGAUAGUAUUUCUUUGCUCGAGAAUGUCCGCCUGGCUUUUGGAAUUUUUUUCCUCUUCGUGUAGUAGUAGUAGUAGUUCUGCGUGAUGGCAGUCGGCGGUAUGUAUCAUGAGCUCGUCUUCUUCGGGUCGCGUCGUGGUUUGCUCGUCAAUCAGUUCGUUCAGUCAGUGAAUUGCAACCUCAUUCCAUUCGUGUGUGGAAUGAGGUUGCAACUCCGGGGACCCAACUCAGGACAGAAGCCGCUUCGGGAAGUACCCGGCGACGUCUCAGGAGGUAGUCAGUGGACUCAAUUCUGUACAUCAGUAUUGAAUACGAGCCACCAGCGGAGCCACCUCCGGCCCUCAAGUCGACCGUCGUCACAGGCUCCUCGCGCCGCACAACAUCCUGGGCGUCUCGAAGUCUGACAAUUCUCGAACGACUCUUUAACGCCACUUCUACUGGAACCGAAUAACUUCUAACUGGCAGUAGAGGAGGGGUGUAUCCUGGUCGUGCGUUGAUUAUGCUUGAGCACGAGUAUUGAUUCCGGAAGGGAUUUCGCUGUCGAAGUUUGCUUCGCUAUUUGGCUAAGAAGCAAUCACUGGAGGAAAGGUACAUAUUACUUGAGACUAGGUGCAGCGGUAAGAUCAGGCAUCCAGAGGGGUUGGGACUCGGAGAGAUCGUUCGAACACAAUGAGAGGGACCAGCCUUCCUUUGAAAAGAUCACAGUCGAUUAUAGAUCGCACUACACAUCUGGUACUCAUCACACUCAUGGCAGCAUGCUGCCUGGCGACAAUGCUAAUGGGGUCCAACCACCUCAGACGCACUGAAAGCGCGAGGGUGUCACCAGGUGUCUUUCCUCAUUGGGAGUCAGAUCACUACACGAAGACUCAUCGAAUGGAAGAUGUGCGGUCGAAGCUAGGCUUGACUUCAGACGAUUUUGCAUUGAUCACGAUCGCGACCGCGUGCGACUAUGAAAGCUUCUGGAAGGAGCAAGCUCUGGUCAUGAAAGCAGCCGCCAGUCUAAUGUCAGCGGGCUACAGUCCACUUGGACCAGUGAGGGUGUUUGUACAGGGAUAUGGCAAUUCAAGUAGUCCAUACAGAUACGCAUUACAGGUCAUGGCCCAACACGUUGGGUUGCCAAGUGGAGUCGUCCAGCAUGUGGGUGUCUACGAGGACAUGAACGGCCUGCUCUGGGCAUCCGACGCGGUCGUUUAUACUUCUGGAACGGAGGAGCAUGGAUUUCCACCUAUCCUCGUACGGUCCUUGACAUUUGAACGUCCUUUGAUUGUACCUGACAUCGCGCCGAUAAACAAACAUGUAAGAAAUCCGCCCAUUGAGAUUGUUUGCUAAGUUGGCCAAUAUUGGAAACCACCAAGGUUGGACCAUAGCUCUUUGAGGUCAUUCAUUUCUAUCGUGUGUGUUUUACAAAUCUCUGACGGUCAUAAAGGCUUUCUUUUCCCUCCUGGAGAUGAUGAAGCUCUCGGGCAUAUUUUGUGGGUUCUCAAGAAUAAUCCAUCUCAAACGAGCGACAUUGCUGCCGAGGGAAAAUUUAUGGCUGACUUUUUGUAUUUGCUCGAGCCGUUUUGGAGUUCGGGCAUUUACUGGAAUCACUCUUGGACUUUCCGGAGGCCUGUAUACUACCGCGUCCGACCGACAAAAUACCAGGAGGUUUGGUACCGCGAGAUUGGAAUUGGGACAUCCUCGCAGAAUUUCCUGUAGCGGAAGAGAACUCAACGGUCAAGGACCUGUUCUUUCUAAAAUCCGAAACUGAUCUCAAGCCUAUAGAAAACGAAUUCGAUACAAUGGAUAUUGAAAGAAGUUAUGUGGAGGAGUGGGAUUUGCUGGAGGAUGAGGAGCAGCGAGGACCUGCCUUAGACUGAGAUUACAAAGAUGAAACUGAGGAGGAUCACGUAUCCAACUCAAGUUUACAUCUGAUGUAUCGGCGGCUGAGGUAUGUCUCACCUAUAUACUUCGAGCACUGAUGAAUGAGUCAGAUGCUCUGAGUUUAGAACGGUGUGUUGUGAAGUAAACGCACAAACACGGAAUUUUAUUCCUGCAACCUAUUAAUAUUUGUGCAAUAUUUACAUUUAGAAUUAGCAAUGUGCACCAGUCCCCCUAGGUCUAGAUAUGACCCAAAUUCUCUACACAGACUCUUAAGGGGGCAAAAAUGGGGUACAUCAUCACUCUUGUAAACUAGGAUUUCCACUUGGCUAUGAAGUGGUAUAAUCUCACGAGAACGAGAAAGUUUUCUAUAUAACCUUGUGAUGGCUUGAGUCCCACUACUUCCAUAUUACACAAUUUUGCACUCAAACUCUCAACUGAACUUCCAGGGGCCACUCUUUGCUAGCCCGGAGCCCCAAGGAAUAAGAAG